GCGGUGUGACACGUCACUUGUCAUGUGACCGUUCUAAACAAGCCACUUCCUUGUUGCUCAUGUGAUCCGUGUUCUGACUUCACUCAGAAGUCAUGUCCAGCAGGUACCAGAUCGUGGUGCAGGGUGAAGCGUCUGAGACUGACUCUGAUGAUGAAGUGUACAUCACUUCCCUGCCUGCUCCUCAAACUGCCUCAGCCGGGGCCAAGGUUCCAGGGGAGGCGUCAGAAACAGACAGUGAGGAGGAGGAGGAGGAGGACCGAGCCCCUGCAGUGAUCCAGGAGAGCGCUCAGAUUCUCAGGAGAGACCUGCCUCCUCUCAUUGUGGUCAGAGAUCAUCCUGACAUACAGUCCAUUGUGGAGGAUAGACCCAGCCCCACACACAGGCCACAUGGGGACACACUCUUACAACAGAAGCUGCAGGAGUCAAACAGUCGGCUGUAUCACGACGUCUCACAGACAGUGCGGCAGGUUUAUAGCAGUGCCACCAGAGAGGUGCGCAGUGCAACCGCUCAGCUGAAUACAUCGCAGGGUGCCAUCAUCAACGCUUCUCACAGCAUCAGAUUAAUUCUGGACGACCUCAAGGCUGUGUCCGAGAAGAUUGACAUUAUUACAAGCUGUCAGAUUCUGCCUGACAUCAACAUCAAUCUAAAUAAUUAUACUGCACCUGUUCCUUAGAGAGAGAAAUCAAAAAUCAAUGCAAGCAGUAAGAAACAACAUGUACAAACACAGCUUAUGCAUAUCAAUAUACAGCACAUAUAUUUAACGGUCAUUUACUGCAUGUACAGUAUUGAUCCAUCAUAUAAUGUCUGUGCCUGUGUCAGCUCUGGGGAUAUUUCUGUAGAGUAAGAGUCAAGCAAGAAAAACAAACACAUAUACAUUUCAUCUGCUGUAGUGCACGUCUCUUCCAGCACAUUUUGUUUACAUUUCACAUUGGAAGUUAUUAAUAAUUUAAUAUUUUCCUGCAGUUCUUUGUAAACAUUAUUAUAACGGAGCAGCAGAAGUAUCUUUAACCAAUGAGAAAGAUUUUUUUAAGGUGGCAUAUCGUUUCCUAUCUUUGAUGAUUUCUGGUCCCACAUGUUUCUUGUGUGAUAUUUGUUUCCGUUUGUUCGUUAAAAUUGUAUAAUAAAGUAACACAUUAAUAUAAAUU